AAGAGUAUUAGGGCCAUCAAGAGAAGAGACCUCUAUAUUCACUUCCUCUACAACCCACGUGCUUACUCAUCGCCAUUUCCUCCGAGCCGCUUCCUCAUUCCGGCUGAACUUCCUGUGCUCACUUUCACACACUUCUUUAUCUCCGCCACGGCAACACAGAACGCCUUGUGAAGAUCAAACAAUAAUAAUAAUAAAAAGAAGAGAAAUAAGUAGAAAUUUGUUUGUCCAUUCUCUCAAAGUGUCUUUUUUUGCGGUUGGCGGUUAAGGGCGUUUGCAUAAUCACAUUCUGAUGGUGUUGGAUAUUUUCAUAAAAUAACGGAUUUUCAUAUUCUGUACUCCAAACGCGAAGAGCUUAUGCUAAUUUGGAAAUGUACAGAAGGCGAAGUGAUUGAACUAACCUAUCUUGAUGAGAAUGCCCCCAUGACUGAUCCGUACGUCUAUGGAGUGUUCCCCAAGCCUCGAACCUGCCUACCUCAACCUUCCCGGUUGGCGAUGUGUGCCAGUAUAUGCCGUCCCUUUAUCGCCAACGUCCAGACUGUCGCCAACCGAAUCUUUACAACCACCGCUAGAAGCGCACAACUUACUUCCGCCCAAUAUACCUCAAGAUCCUCGUCAGUGGUCGAGGCAGCAUGUUGUUACAUGGCUCGAGUGGUGCGUAGAGAGUUUCUCAUUGCCCCCUCUGGACAUAGAUCAGUUCUAUAUGAACGGCCGAGGCUUAUGUCUUUUGAAGAAAAAUGAUCUGUGCGAAAGAGCUCCUCGAUGCGGGGAUGUUCUUUAUAACGCCCUCCAGAUAUUACUGCGUAGUAAAGAGACCACAGCAAACAACAAUGCUGCUAUUCCUCAAAACAUAUCUGCAUCUCUGCUGCAACAUGCUACUCAGGACAAAAGUGCCUUUCCUUCACGUAAUUCAUGGCCAAGGUCCAUCAGCAGCGAUUUUCAUAAUAUGGGCCAUGUCAUCCACGAGAGUGAACAUGCCCAAGUAGCAGUCACCCAUCUGAACGGUAGUGAUGUGGAUAGUACAACGGCCAGUAGCCCACCGCCUGCCAACGAAGAAACCGAAAGGAGCCCCGAGAGGGGAUUCUCUUCUGAAGCAGUAAACAUAACCACCACCAGUCAGUCUAUGGCAGCACCUCAAAUAAGACAGCUAUCUCAAUUCGGUGAUAAUGCAGUGGAAAAUUCUGCUGAAAAAAUAAAUGUUCGUCUUCUGUGGGACUUUCUACAACAGCUUUUGAAUGAUUCUCACCAGCGCUACAACUGUUGUAUAGUUUGGAAAGACAAAGCGCGUGGUAUAUUUAAGAUAACAGAUCCUCAUCGCCUGGCAGCUCUCUGGGGGAAACAGAAGAAUCAUUUGAAUAUGAACUUUGAUAAAAUGUCACGGGCUCUUCGUUAUUAUUACAGAGUUAGGAUUUUACAAAAAGAACCAGGAGAAAGACACUGCUACAGGUUUCUCAGGCAUCCAAAUGAGCUGCGUCAUUGCAAACAGAGAGCACUCCUUUCCAGAGAUUCCGAAAAUGGUUCUCAGAAUGGAAUCCAACCUGAAUGCACCGAUAUUGAGGCAGCUUUAGAUAUGAGUAUAAAAGAAGAAGGCUCUUCGCCAGGUGACACAGAAUGAACUGCAUAUAUCCAAACAUGUUACAUCUAAAAUUUAGAUAUUUCUUUUCCAGGUUAUCAAAAUUGAACUGUUAUUUCUGUCACAGUGACAGAGACACAAUGCUGAGAAUAUGAAUAUUUUAAAUGGUGUUUUUAAUAAUGUACAUAUUUAAAAAUGGACUGCUACUUUUUACUUGAUAAAAAUUUUAGUUAUUGAUGACAAUUUAAAUGUGACUGAUUACAAAAUGCAGUGCUAUUUACGCAUUAGCACAACCACCUUUGUGCAGUUUAGUGAUUUAUUAUAAAAGAACAAUUUAUAAUUGCAAAAAACUAUUUAUUACAUAUAUAUUUUACUUUUAAUUACAUAUUUAUCCUGAAAAACUAAUCAAUAAGCCUCCUGAAAAACCAUUCUGUAAGCCUACUUACUCAGCUUGUUUAUUACAUACAUAUUUUACAUUUAAUUACAUAUUUAUCCUGAAAAACCAAUCAAUAAGCCUCCUGAAAAACCAUUCUGUAAGCUUACUUACUCAGCUUGUUUCUUUUGUUCUAGUGGAAAUUUCACAGUGAUCGUAAAAGAAUAGAUUCAAAGCAGUUGUUAACUUUCGUGAAUUUGGUGCAAAUAUACCGAUUUCCUGCAGAAAUUUUAAUGCAAUUACUUAUAUUGCAAGCAAAUCCUACAAGCAUGUAUUUUGAAAUAGUGUUAAGACAAAAAGUAUCAUUUACCCAUAAAAAUUGUAAGAACUACGAAUGCAAAAAGAGUGCAUGUAAAAAUAGAGACAGUUUCUUAAAACUGAAGAAUUGUUAUGUGCAAGAUUUUUCAAAAUCUGAUGCAUUCUAAAAAUUUAAUGAUAUUUUACUUAUGGUUGUGUUAAAAUGUAAGUAUCAAGAUAGUUUUUAGUACUGUUUUUAUAUUAUAUUGUUUUUCAUAUAUUAAACUGUUAUAUUUAUAAAACAAUACCCAGCUAUGAAUAAUCAGGAAAAGGAGAAACUGAAAUGCCCCACAAUGUAAUUCAUGACUAAUGUAUUACAUAAUAAAAACUGCAUAGAUCUAGGGGGAAAAAAGGCAAUUAUUACACAUCUUAUGUCUUUUAGCCAAAAGUUAUGCUUCAGUGAUUAGUUAUUUACAAUAAAACAAUAUUUUCUUAAAAUAAUGUUUAAUGAAUGCAAUUUAAGUCAGAAAAUACGGUGAAUUUAUUAUAUAUUUUUGACUAAACACACAGUCAAGAAAUAUUAUAAUUAAUUAGGCUUAAACUUAUUGCAACUUGUACGCUAUCAACUUUCUACUGAUUAUUUUUUGAGAUAUUUAUUUCAGUGAUCUCAAACCAUAUAUUGAUAUUUUAGAGCUGUGAGCAACUAUUUUUAUUUAAAUUUCAGUAUAAAAUUAUUUGGUUGUGAUGUAUAUUUUGUUGAAACAACAAUGAAAUUACACAUUUUUUCUAUGGUUGAGCAAUUUGAUUUCUUGAACACUGUUGUAUAAAAGAUAUAUAUAUUUUUCAGUUCAUGUGAACUUCAAAUUACACUUUUAUUGUUAUAUGAAUUUUACACAAUUAUCUUUUAUUUUUCUGUUGGUGAUAAAAUUGAUUUAAUUAUCAAUGAAGAAAAUGGUUAAAUUAUUUAUAAUCAUUAUUCUUUUCACUGCUUUAUUUUUUCAUUUGAUGAAAAAAAGAUGGAGGUAAUAAUGUUAUUAUUCCUUUUUAUUGAUUAUUAAAAAGUUUAUAACCUUUUUCCCUCUCCCUCCAUUUUCAGUAUAAUUAAAACAUUUGUUAAUUGUAGCAUGUGAUAGAUACUUCUAAGAAUUAUUAUUUUUACACAUGUUAAAUAUAAAACUGAAUUUCUAAUCAAAUUAAAAUUGGUGUAAAGUAUUAUCAUCAAAUUAGGCAAACUAGAUCUCCAUGAGUGAUAUCUUUACUAGGCUUUUAUUUUGACUAAAUUUUUAUAAAAAAUAUUUAAUAUUAUGUUGUAAUAACAUUUUUGUCAUUAUCGCUUAAUACAUUCUGCUGCAAAAAUAUGUGCAGUUCAUUAAGUAGUUACUUUGUAAAUUUCUAGCAAUACUGAGAUUUUAAAAAAGCAAAACUUAUUUCUUAGGUUUAGCUUCAUUAAAAGGCUAAAUAUUAAUAACGCCACCAAUUUUAAUGGGCAUACACAAAU